GCGGCGGGAGUUGCGCUGCCAGCCUGAGGCGAAAAACCGAAGCGCAGGUUAGUUUGGAGCUGGGGCUGAGUGCCUGUCGCGCAGUCAGAUCAUGGGCUCGACCAAGCACUGGGGAGAAUGGUUCCUGAACCUGCGGGUGCCCCCCGCCGGAGUGUUUGUUGUGGCCUUUCUUGCCCGAGUUGCCUUGGUUUUCUAUGGGGUCUUCCAGGACCGGACCCUGCUCGUGAGGUAUACAGACAUCGACUACCAGGUCUUCACGGACGCCGCGCGCUUCAUCACCGAGGGGCGCUCCCCUUAUGUGAGGGCGACUUACCGUUACACUCCACUGCUAGGUUGGCUUCUCACUCCCAACAUCUACCUCAACGAACUCUUUGGAAAGUUUCUCUUCAUCACCUGCGACCUCUUCACGGCUUUCCUCUUAUACCGCCUGCUGCUUCUGAAGGGUCUGGGGCGCCGCCAGGCUUGUGGCUACUGUGUCUUUUGGCUUCUUAACCCCCUACCUAUGGCAGUAUCCAGCCGAGGCAAUGCGGACUCGAUCGUCGCUUCCCUGGUCCUUACGGUCCUGUACUUAAUAAAGAAGAGACUGGUCGCGUGUGCAGCUGUAUUCUAUGGUUUCGCGGUGCAUAUGAAGAUGUAUCCGGUGACCUAUAUCCUUCCAAUAGCCCUCCAUCUGCUUCCAGAAUGCGACAGUGACGAAGGCCUCCGUCAAUCCCGUUCUGGAGGCUGGGAAGUCCAAGAUCAAGGUGCCAGCAGAUUCUGUGUCUGGUAAGGGCCAACUUUCUGUUCAUAGAUAGCCAUCUUCCUGUUGUGUCCUCACAUGGCAGAAGGGGGGAUAAAAGUCUCCAGAGUCUCUUUUGUAAGGGUACAAAUCCCCUUCAUGAGGGCCCCACCCUUGCCACCUAAUCACUUCCUAAAGUCCUCACCUCCUGAUACCAUUGCCUUGGAGGUUAGGUUUCAACAUAUGAAUUUUUUGGGGACACACUCAGUUUACUGCAUUGAGAAACCCUGCUGUAUACCAUGUUGACUUUAAUGAAAAGCAAGUAAUCAAAAUAAAUGCAUCCAUUGCUCCAUGGAGAAUCAGACUGGGCUGAAGAGAAGUUUUAGGGGCUUGAGGCCAGUCAUGAGCCACUGGCAUUGGUAGAAAAAAUAGACUGUUCUAUCUAGUCCUGACCUGCCUCCAAUUUUAUGGUUCUUUCUCUACUGCAUCCACCCAGUCUUGUCUCUAUCUUUUCUUCUCUUCUUCACCUUUCCUUUUCCUCAGCAGACUCUAACUUAGCUUGGGGAAGGUAACCCCUAAAGCUCUGUUUUCAAAUCUCUUUUCUAAUUAGCAGUUGGAGUCAGUAUAAAAGAAGCUGCAGAUUUCAAACUGACACCAUCUCUAGAAUCUGGGAACAAGGCCAAAAAUGUCACCUUCUGAAAUUGACAACAAAAAAUAGAUGAGAUUAAUCACUGUGAUAAUCUUCCCAGAAAGUAACUCACCUAAGAAAUUGUUGGUAAGUGUGCUGCUGAUAAGAGUUGGCUGUUUCCUAAUCUCAGCCAGGAUCCAAGAAUGCCUCCCGAUGAAGGAAAGCAUUUAAAAUGUAAUUUGUGGGUUAAACUAGUAAUCUAGGAAAUUAUAAAGUGUCCUGGGGAAGUGUUCUAAUGGAGGAACCUUUAAAGACUCCUAAGUGUAACCACUUGUAAUUGUUGGGGAUGCUUUAUGUUUUUGUUUUUCUUUCUCUGAGUAUAACAAAUCCUAGGAGAGAGGAACUAGGUUUAUUUUGUUGAUGUCUGUAGCAGCAGAGACAUGGAUGAGUCAUUGCUAGAGAAGGGUGAGACUUAGUGGUGAGGUGUGUCUAAGGGGGUGGCAGAUGGUCACAGAAGUCUGAUCUCUACCCUGAAAUGAUUCUUAAUCAGAAGCCCCCAAACCCUGGUUACAUGCAAAAUGUGUGUGUAUGUGUGUGUGUGAAUGUGUGUAUAUGCAUUUUUCCCCUGUGGAAAAUGUUUGUAGCAUUCAUCAGGGGGGUCCCUGACCUCCAAAAAGUAAAGCUGUCCUGCCCUGGUUUUUGGAACACAGCUACUGGGGGUAAGGAAAUAGAAAGAUGGUAACCCAGGAAAGGCAAGGGAAGUGAGUGCCUCCUAGGAAAAAGAAGACUUUUUUUUUUGAAGUUCAGAUGUAUUGAUUGUGCCUACAUAGACCCGUUAUCACAAAAUUUAGGAGCCCAGCAUGCAGUGGAAAGAUGAACUGUGAGCAAACAUCAAGGCAGAGGAGAAGUCCAGCCUGCAGGAUGCUGGAGAAAACUACAAAGGGUGAUGAGAGGACUUGGAAGACGAGAGAGAAUGUGUGUGUGUGUGUGUGUGUGUGUGUGUGUGUGUGUGUGUGUGUGUGUGUGUAUGCACAUAUGAGGUGGUGGGGGAUGAAUACUAAAUUGUUCUACAUAUGCCAACAUCAAUGCUGAGUUUAGAUCCCACAGAUGCCCUGCGGUAGCUGACAGUAAGAAAAGGGUUCUGUGAAGCUGAGUCCUAGGAAGCUGACCAGGCAAUUAAGAACAGGUCCUUUUAAAGUUCUUUUUGGUUUCAGAAAAUAACUUUAGCUACAGGACUCAUCUAAAGAAUAUUAGGUAGUUCAUAAAUUCUAAGAAAAGAGCUGAACAAAGAAGUCUGGAGAGGCAAGAAAUUGGACAGUUUGGGGACUUUCAUAGCAGGUGACCAGCUCCAGUGACCUCCAGUCUCUGGAUCUUUAUAUUUAUGUUUUACCCAAAAGAGAAAUUAACUAUUGGGACUGGUCCCAGAGAAGAGGAAGUCAUGAGCCAAGGAAUCACCUCUGUUGUUGACCACAGUCAUUAUCACUGUUGGUUGAGAGUGGGUGACCUAUCUUGAAAGGAGUGGGAAACUAGUACCCAAAUCCUCUGAUUGCCAGUUACACACUACAUGCUCUCAAGGCACAUUCUUAAUUUCUUAACAUUUUUAAAACUAAUUAACAGGGCUGGGGUAGGAAUAGAGUGGAGGACAUUUUAGACAAAGGAAACGAAAAGUGCCAUGGUCUUUAGGUAGGAUGAACUUAGCCUCCCAGAAAUAGGAAAAGGCCCUUGUGGCCAGUGAAUAAUUUUCAGAGUGGGGAGUAGUAGAAGGGCAUUCAGAGGCCUGAUGGCAUCACAUAGGCCUGUAGAGCAUGGUGAGAAGUUUGGGGGAUUUUUGUUUUCCUAUGUGCAGUAGAAAGCCACUGGAGAGAUUUAAGCUGAUAUAAAUUACACUUAUAAAAACACUCUCGGCUGGGUGUGGUGGCUCACACCUGUAAUCCUAGCACUCUGGGAGGCCGAGGCAGGAGGAUCACUUGAGGUCAGGA